AUUGUAUGACCAGAUUGCGUCCUACUAUAACAAUUUUCACAAACAUAUGGCCAUGGCUGACACAGAAACAGAGAGAGAUGUAGCCAGGCUAAUAUUGGAAGUCCCCACCCUCCUUUUUUAAACUUUCAUUUCUCUUUUUCUUUCUCAUAUAUCUUCACGUGAAUCUGACUGUGCCUUUGCCAUAUCCUCUCUUCAGUCUUUCACCUCUUUUGUCACGUAUUGCACCUCUAAACCUCUCUGCAUAAUGUAAGACCAUAGCCACAUUAUAGAGCUACCUAAGAAAAGAAAACCAAAAAAAGGUCGUAAAAAUUCAAUCUUUGAACCCCCAACAACUCUUUUCUCUUCUUGCACUGAGAGAAGAUGCAAAUACAUCAACUCUUAGUAGUAGUAGUAGUAGUUAAUCUCUUAUGUUUAUCUUCUUUAACCACUGGUUCUUCUCAUUUACAUUCUCCUUCCACUAGUUUGUUAAUUCCUUCAGAUGCUUCAGCAUUGUUAGCAUUCAAAUACAAAGCUGAUUUGGGAAACAAACUCCAGUUUUCUGCUAAUAGAAGCUUCAGAUUCUGCAAAUGGAAAGGUGUACAAUGUGCAGAAAAGAAAGUGGUUCGUGUUACAAUUGAAGGUUUAAGCUUAGGUGGUAUAUUUCCUCCUAAUACAUUGUCUAAACUUGAUCAACUACGUGUCUUGAGUCUUCAAAAUAACUCACUUACUGGUCCCAUUCCUGAUCUUUCUUCCCUUGUUAAUCUCAAAGUUCUUUUCCUUGACCAUAAUUUAUUCACUGGUUCAAUACCACUUUCUAUAUUUACUCUUCACAGGCUCAAAACUCUUGAUCUGUCCUACAACAAUCUCACCGGUUCAGUACCCAUUUCUAUCAACAACUUGAACCGGUUGUACUAUCUCCGGCUUGACUCGAACCGGAUAAACGGUUCAGUCCCACCGCUGAACCAAUCUUCACUUCAAAUAUUUAACAUUUCUCACAAUACCCUCUCCGGUCCUAUUCCAGUAACUAAAACAUUGUCCCGGUUUAAAACGGCAUCGUUUUCAGAUAAUAAAGGACUUUGUGGUGAAAUCAUACACAAAGAGUGCCGUCCAAUACAACCCUUUUUCAGUCCAUCCACGGCUGCCGCCACCAAAAUUACACCGCCGCCACCGAAAACACCGGCAGAACUCGGCCAGAACGAGGAUUUACAAAAUGGGGUUGCUUUAAAAAGUAAAGAGAACAAAACCCAUAAAAAGUAUUUACUCAUUAUUGGGGUUUCAACAGCUUGUUUAGUCCUUAUAUGUUCAGUAAUAUUAUUAGCAUUAGCGACGAAAAAGCACAACAACUCGAAAAAAUUGGGAGAAAAAACCCAGAAAGGUGCAUUUGAUCCAAGUGUUAGUGGCAAUGCAGAAGCAGUAAUGAGGAUUGAAGAAGACAAUAAUGAGUUAGAAGAGAAGGUGAAAAGAGUACAACAAGGAAUGCAGCAAGUGAUGGGGAAAAGUGGGAGCUUAAUGUUCUGUGCAGGUGAGGUGCAGGUUUAUACGCUGGAGCAGCUGAUGAGAGCUUCUGCUGAGCUUUUGGGUAGAGGGACAAUGGGGACCACUUAUAAAGCGGUGCUUGAUAACCGUCUGAUUGUUUGUGUGAAGAGAUUGGAUGGUGGGAGAUUAGCGGGUACAACAAGUAAGGAAGAGUUUGAGCAGCAUAUGGAAUCAGUGGGCGGGCUUAGACACCCGAAUUUGGUACCACUUCGGGCUUAUUUUCAGGCAAGGGAAGAAAGGCUUUUGGUCUAUGAUUAUCAGCCCAAUGGCAGCUUGUUUUCUCUUGUUCAUGGUUCCAAGUCAUCAAGAGCAAAGCCACUUCACUGGACUUCUUGCUUGAAAAUAGCAGAGGACGUAGCUCAAGGACUUUCUUACAUUCACCAAGCAUGGAGGCUUGUCCAUGGCAAUCUCAAGUCCUCUAACGUCCUCCUCGGCUCCGAUUUCGAGGCGUGCAUAGCCGACUAUUGCCUCUCGGUCCUCGCCGUCCCCUCGAACGACGAGGACCCCGAUUCUGCAGCCUACAAGGCUCCAGAAAUUCGAAAGUUGAGUCACAACCACCACCAUCACCGCCAAGCCAGUGCAAAAUCCGAUGUUUAUUCAUUUGGCGUUCUUUUGCUUGAGCUUCUAACAGGAAAACAUCCCUCAGAACAUCCAUAUUUAAUGCCAGAUGAUAUGAUCCAUUGGGUGAAAUCUACUAGAGAAGAUCAUGAUGGAAGUGGAGAAGAUAAUAAGUUGGAAAUGCUUCUUGAAGUAGCUAUGGCUUGUAGAGUGACAUCACCAGAGCAAAGACCAACAAUGUGGCAAGUGUUAAAGAUGAUACAAGAGAUCAAAGAAUCUGUAAUAAUGGAAGAUAGUCAUGAUAUGGACCUCCUCACUGGCACCUCCUAGUUCUUAGUUACUAAAUCUUAAGUAGUUAUAAAGUUAAAUCUGUAUUAUAUUCUAAAGACCUUUUAUUGUUCGUUGGAAAAGAAAAGAUAAAAAAGGGGAAAUUAAAAAGGCAGAAACAUCUAAGACUAUAUACGGAUUUUCAUUUGCUUAAGUUUUUGGAGCUCUUAGUUAGGGGAAAUUAAAGACUACUUUUGUUA